UUAUCAGAGUUUUUCAAUGUGUUUCUUCCUCAGAAAUGGAGCAAACUCUAUAUUUCAUUCUUCUUCUCAUUGCUCUCUGCUCCGUAUCUGAAUGUGUUCAGCGUCAGUAUCACUUUAUAAACGUGAGGAAGAACUGGACUGAAGCUCAGAGAUACUGCAGAGAGAAUUACACAGAUCUGGCCACCGUUGACAACAUGAACGACAUGAACGAGCUGAAGAAGGGUGUAGAUGAUGAACAUGUCUGGAUUGGGCUGGAGAGGAAGGUUCGUGAUAAAUGGCAGUGGUCUUCAGGUGAUCCUGCGCUCUAUCUGAACUGGAGAUCUGGACAACCUGAUGGUACAAAUGAGUGUGGUUUUAUGAGAAAUGGACAAAUGCAUGAUGGGUCAUGCAGUAACAGCCUGACUUUCAUCUGCAGUUCAUCUAACAACAUGAACACAGGACUCGUCUUUGUCAAUCAGACGAUGAAUUGGAGAGACGCUCAGAGUUACUGCAGACAGAAUCACAUUGAUCUGGUCAGUGUGAGGAACCAGAAUGAGAGUCAACAGCUUCAGAAGUUCAUCAGUGAUAGUCUCAUAUCUGGUGACGUCUGGAUCGGUCUGUUCAGAGACUCAUGGCAGUGGUCAGAUCAGAGUAACUCUUCAUUCAGAUACUGGAAGACUGGUCAACCUGAUAAUUAUGGAAGUAAUGAAAACUGUGCAGAGAUUUAUCAGAACGAUCAGGGACAAUGGCAUGACUUCUCUUGCAACAACCAGAUUCCUUUUGUGUGUCAUGAAGAUAAACUGAUUCUGAUCAAAGAGAAGCUGACGUGGUCUGAAGCUCUGAGAUACUGCAGACAGAAUCAUACGGAUCUGGUCUCGGUUCAUUCAGAAGAGAUGCAGCGUGAGGUGAUGAAUGUGGUUAAACGGGCGUCUACUGAGGCGGUGUGCUUGGGCUUACGUUACUCCCACAUUUUGGGUAUCUGGUACUGGGUGAGCAGAGACUCCGUGUGCUAUCAGAACUGGGCUCCAGGGAACGGCACAGGAGAGGAAGAGUGUGAGUCUGCAGUGAGAUCUGGAGCAGUUCAGUCUGGAGGAGAUCAGCGCUGGAUCAGCCGUCCUGAGACUGACAGACUCAACUUCAUCUGCAGCAGAUAUGAAGAGAAGACCUGGACUGAAGCUCAGAGAUACUGCAGAGAGAAAUACACAGAUCUGGCCACUGUUGACAACAUGAACGACAUGAUCGAGCUGAAGAAGAGUGUGAAUGAUGAACAUGUCUGGAUUGGGCUGGAGAAGACGGGUGUUGAUAAAUGGCAGUGGUCUUCAGGUGAUCCUGCGCUCUAUCUGAACUGGGCUCCUAAACAACCUGAUGGCACAGAUGAGUGUGGUUUUAUGAGAAAUGGACAAUGGCAUGAUUGGCCAUGCAGUAAAAGCCUGACUUUCAUCUGCAGUUCAUCUAACAACAAUAAACUGAUUCUGAUCAAAGAGAAUCUGACGUGGUCUGAAGCUCUGAGAUACUGCAGACAGAAUCAUACGGAUCUGGUCUCGGUUCAUUCAGAAGAGAUGCAGCGUGAGGUGAUGAAUGUGGUUAAACAGGCGUCUACUAAGGAGGUGUGGUUGGGUUUACGUCACUCCUGCACUGUGGGCAUCUGGUACUGGGUGAGCAGACAGCCCGUGUGCUAUCAGAACUGGGCUCCAGGGAACGGCAUAGGAGACGACUAUAAACUGAUUCUGAUCAAAGAGAAUCUGACGUGGUCUGAAGCUCUGAGAUACUGCAGACAGAAUCAUGUGGAUCUGGUCUCGGUUCAUUCAGAAGAGAUGCAGCGUCGUGUGAUGAAUGUGGUUAAACAGGCGUCUACUGAGGCGGUGUGGUUGGGUUUACACAACUACUGCAGCAUGAACAUGUGGCUCUGGGUGAGCGGAGACACCGUGUGCUAUCAGAACUGGGCUCCAGGGAACGGCACAGGAGAGGAAGAGUGUGAGCUGUUUCAAUGUGUUUCUUCCUCAGAAAUGGAGCAAACUCUAUAUUUCAUUCUUCUUCUCAUUGCUCUCUGCUCCGUAUCUGAAUGUGUUCAGCGUCAGUAUCACUUUAUAAACGUGAGGAAGACCUGGACUGAAGCUCAGAGAUACUGCAGAGAGAAUUACACAGAUCUGGCCACCGUUGACAACAUGAACGACAUGAUCGAGCUGAAGAGUGUGAAUGAUGAACAUGUCUGGAUUGGGCUGGAGAAGACGGGUGUUGAUAAAUGGCAGUGGUCUUCAGGUGAUCCUGCGCUCUAUCUGAACUGGGCUCCUAAACAACCUGAUGGCAAAGAUGAGUGUGGUUUUAUGAGAAAUGGACAAUGGCAUGAUUGGUCAUGCAGUAACAGCCUGACUUUCAUCUGCAGUUCAUCUAACAACAUGAACACAGGACUCGUCUUUGUCAAUCAGGAGAAGAAUUGGAGAGACGCUCAGAGUUACUGCAGACAGAAUCACACUGAUCUGGUCAGUGUGAGGAACCAGAAUGAGAAUCAACAGCUUCAGAAGUUCAUCAAUGAUAGUCACAUAUCUGGUGAUGUCUGGAUCGGUCUGUUCAGAGACUCAUGGCAGUGGUCAGAUCAGAGUAACUCCUCAUUCAGAUACUGGAAGACUGGUCAACCUGAUAAUUAUGGAAGUAAUGAAAACUGUGCAGAGAUUUAUCAGAACGAUCAGGGACAAUGGCAUGACUUCUCUUGCAACAACCAGAUUCCUUUUGUGUGUCAUGAAGAUAAACUGAUUCUGAUCAAAGAGAAUCUGACGUGGUCUGAAGCUCUGAGAUACUGCAGACAGAAUCAUACGGAUCUGGUCUCGGUUCAUUCAGAAGAGAUGCAGCGUGAGGUGAUGAAUGUGGUUAAACAGGCGUCUACUGAGGCGGUGUGGUUGGGUUUACAUUACUCCUGCACUGUGGGCAUCUGGUACUGGGUGAGCAGACAGCCCGUGUGCUAUCAGAACUGGGCUCCAGGGAACGGCAUAGGAGACGACUGUGAGUGUACAGUGAGAUCUGGAGCAGUUCAGUCUGGAGGAGAUCAGCGCUGGAUCAGCCGUCCUGAGACUGACAGACUCAACUUCAUCUGCAGCAGAUAUGAAGAGUGAAGGAUCCGUUUGUGUUGUUCUUUCUUUCUUUUUUUUUUUUUAACUGGCAAACACUUGUAAUGUUUUCAUCAGAUAAUGUGCUUAAAUCAGUAUAAUGAAAUUAAUUUCUGUAACUGAAGAGUAUCAUAUGAGUCUUUUUAAUAUCAUUGUAAUGAUCUUUGGGCAUUUAAAAUACCAGUGUGCACUAUAUAUAUUUUAAAGACCCCAUGAAAUCAAAAUGAGUUUUAAUCUGUGGCUUUAAGCUACAUUUACUGUACAUUUCAAUUUUACAGUUGUUCUUUUCUGGAAAAACAACUCAAAAACAUCUUCAACUCAGACUGUUCAAUCAAACGUACUUGCAGUUAAAUAGAAAGUAGAAAAUCAUGGUUCAAGUAUUUGGCAUAAAGCAUAUUGGAUAUUUAAAAGGAAAUCAAAGUAAAGCACAAUGCACAUCAGCUGAUUUCAUGGGAUCUUGGGAUUCUGGUGGUGUGGAUACUUUCUUCUACUUACUCCUGUUUUGCACUAGUCAUAUCUUUACUUGUUUAAAAAUGAUUGUGAGCAUCUAUAUGUGUCUCAAUGAAAUGAAAAUAUGGUUUAUUCUUAAAGAAAAACUGAAAUAAAUGGAGAGGGACAAAACAUGGAGGAGUGGUUCACUCACUGCAUUGAUAUAUAUAUAUAUAUAUAGGCCUCCUUGAUUAUAAUAAGAAUUUUCUUGGUGAAUUUUAUGAUUUUGAUUAUGGGUGAUUUUAAUAUCCAUGUCUGUUCUUGUAAACUCAUGACCAAAGAAUAGUUGAACUUAGUUGAUUCUUUUAUCUGAUCUCAGUGUGUCUCUGGACCUACACACGAUCAUGGACAUACGCUUGACUUGGUGUUUUCUUUGGGGAUAAUGAUGAAUAUAUUUGUGUUGAAGAAACAGCUAUCUCAGACCAUAGGAUUAUUAGGUUUAAUCUGUAACAAAUGUUCUGUUAUCAGCCUCCAUUCUUGUCUCGUGUUAACUAUCUCUACACCUAAUGCGUUCUCAGCUGCUUUCAGUCCUACUGAGUUAUCUCUUCCUAUCGAGUCUACAACGUUGCCCUCUAUAGGACAUGAUGAAUUGGUAAAUUUUUUUAAUAAUGUUUGUUCAGAGAUCUUGGAAAAUGUUGCACCUUUUAAAAUGAGAUAUCAAAUAAAUAAAAAUAAAAAUAAAAUGUGGAUGAGUAAUAAAUGAUCUUAAGCGGGUUUGUCAACAUAAUGAAUCUUUCUCAUUGCUUGAGUAAAUUUGACUUAAUUUCUUUAGCUCAGUUGAAAUAUAUUAUAUUGCAUUUAAAGCCGACUGCUUCACUUCAUGAUAUUCUCCCGUCACGACUGUUUAAAGAGGUUGUAGACACUAUUGGUUCUAGUAUUCUAUCGAUUAUUAACAGCAGCCACA